UUUGAACUGAACAGGCGCGGAGUAUUUGUCUCGAAGGCCAUAGUUACAUAGGUGCAAGUAACUUUUGUGUAGUUGGGAGUUUCUUAUGGUUACCCCACAAGAAUAGCGUAUAUCAGUCAUUAAAAUGAACAAAUCAAAGAAUAACAGAACGAAACAGAAAGCUUCCGCAGAUAAUGUGAUGAAAAAUACAUCUGUUUUUGGGCAGAUAGAUAAAGAACUGUCUGCAGUGCUUAUUGCGGAUCUUUUGUCUGAUCGUUUUGAACCUUUGAGUGAACAUAUUCCCCCGUGUUUACUUCCACUAAGUAAUGUACCCGUAUUAUACAUGAAUUUAUCCACUCUUGCAUCGGAUGGCUUCAAAAAUAUCCUAAUAUAUACUAUUAAAAGUUACAGAAAAAUUCAGGCAUUCAUAAAUCAGGUCAAAUUAAACAACUGGUUUCCCGGAUUGAAGAUUUUUGUAAGAAAUGUUGAAAAAUGUCAUAAUUUAGGUGAUAUAAUGCGUGAUCUUGAGUCAAACGAAUUUCUUAAUGGAGUAUCAGAUUUCCUACUUGCUCCUGCUGAUCUGAUCUGCGGGGUUUCAUUAUCGAAAUUUGUACAAAAACACAAAGAACAACGCGAACAAGAACCUAAUUUAAUACUCACUCUUUUGUUACCUCCUUUGACUGAGGUGAUAAGUCCAAUGCAGUCAUCUGAGUUCAAAGUUAACGUGAUAUUUUCUCGAACCAAUAACAAUCGUUUGAUCAGCCUUUCUCGUGAAUCUCAAGGUGACUUUUCUCCAAUUCUGAUUGGUGACGUCAUGAAAUCUGGAGAAGUCAUCGAAUCAUCCCAGUUGAUGGAUGUUCAGCUGGCUAUAUGUAGCAACCAUAUACCACCAUUAUUUCAAGAUAAUUUUGACUAUGAAACUAUGGAUGAUCUUGUUAAUGGGGUGCUAACAAAUGAAGAAAUUAUGGAGUAUACCAUUUACAUUGAACCUCUACCGAAGGGGCCUGUUGUACUACAGGCUGCUCCCGAUCUUUGUAGUUUGAUAGAUCUAAACUUUCGACUUCUGUCCCGACAAGGUGGAUUUUGUUUCUCAUUGCCGCCUUUGUAUACUAAACCAGCAUCUCCAGAUUCUGAAAUUAUAGCAGUUGGCCCACAAGUUUUUGUAGCUGCAUCAGCAAAAGUUCACCAUAAAGCCCGACUAAUUGGGGCUUGUUUUAUUGGACCUAAAUGUCAAGUUUCGGCGUAUGCUUGUCUGAUUGAUUGUGUUUUUGGAGAUAAUUGUUUCAUAGGUGAGAAUGCAUGUUUACGUCGUGUCGUUGCUAUGGACAAUGUGAAUAUUUCUGACCACGUGAAGGCAGAUGUAGCUUGGUUAUGUUCUAACGUCCGUGUAUUAUCUGGAUUCAGACUGUCCAAUCGUUGUUUCGUAGGUCCAUCAUCAACAACACCUGUGACUUUGGGUCCGGGAUCUGGAAACUUACCGAAUGACAGCAUCUUGGUUGCUCCUCGCGCAGGUGACUUAGUUUUGGAUCCUUCAAUUGGUGGUGAGAAAAACUGGGCUGCCUUUUAUAAAAAAAGGCAACUCUCAGGAAAGAGUGAUUCUAUGGAAAAUCUUUCUGAAGAGGAUACAGAAUCUAAUCGAUUAUAUUUAUCAUCUAAUAAUGAACUUACAAAUUGUCGUUUAUGGGAAACAGCUUGGGAUCGAAUUAAACUUGCAGCUAAAACACGACGACAAAAAAUGAAUCAAAGAUAUAGUCAUAGUCGAACUAGUGAAAUUCGUUCAAGCAGAUCUAGUCGACCUCGUCUAUUAGCAAGUGAGAUAGUUGAUAGUGAUGGAGACACAGAGUAUCAAUUGAAAGAUACAUCAAAAAUUGAUAGUGAUGUUGAUGAUGAACAGUCGGAAAAAUUUAUAAUUACUGAGUUCAAAAGAACUUUGGAGCGUGGUGAACGACAUGCUUAUCCUGCUGAAACAAUGAUACUUGAAGUUAAUUCUUUAAAACAUGCUUAUAAUGUAUCAAUAGAAGAUUUUGGUUUUUUACUUACAAAAGCCUUGUUGGAUUUAACCCGUGAUCACCUUUCUCCUGAAUCACAAAAUGACUCCAGUAAAACUAGUGUUGUAGAAUUCAUUGGUUAUCUUCGUAAAUUUUUGUCAAAAUUUAAUAGUGUCCUAUCGUCGUGUAUGUCAGGACUUCAAAACACUGGUCGAAUAUACCUUCAAGCAGUUGAAGAUGCAGCAUGCUAUGAUCCCUUACUAUUUGCUUCCUCUAUGUCUAUUAUUCAUACUUUGUAUGAUAAUGAUUUAGUUCUAGAAGAUGAUAUUUGGUGGUGGAAAAAUAAUUCACCCCUUUUAAUGGAUGAUGAUAUUUCAGAGAAAACUAAGUCACUUAGAGAAAAGAUUAAACCAUUUUUAGACUGGUUGGAACAAGCUGAAGAAGAGGAUGAUGACUGAUAGUGAUAGUAUGCACCAUAGUGUUUCAACAGUGUACACUAUAAUUACUUCCUUUGUUAUAUUUUUACUGUAUGUAGUGCAACUGCAAAAUAAAGCAAGUGUAAUGGGGAUUUUGCUUAUUUUAUACCCUAGUGAUUUACAGGUAUUUUAGUUAUUUAUGUCGAUUUCAGUUUACUACUAUGAGAUGACCUCAUGCAGUUAACAAUAAAUCAUUAGCCGCAAGUACAUGCCUAUGAUUUUUAUAGGCUUUCUGU